AUGAUAGAGCAGUAUGGCCUUAUGUACAUCCACCAACUAUUUUAUGUGGCUGGUUUAAAAUUUAGACAAAAGGUUGAACUUUCAUUAUUGUUACAUGCAAGGGAUUUUUUGCGUAAAAUAAUGAUUGGAAGGCAGAAAUUGAAUCUAUGGUAUACCAAGUAUUUAAAACUUGGUAUAUUAUUGACAGGUGUUAGUGCAAAUAGUCAGCAUAUCCCCAUAUCUACAGAACUAACUAGUAUAGAAUUAGAUAGCAAUCGAGGCAUUAGGAACUAUGGUAUGGGAAGUAUUUAUCAACCUAUUGCUAGAGAAAAUGCACUAAUUCAGUUAGUAUAUCACUAUCCUGAAAAAACUACAUGGUUUUUACAUUAUAUGUUAAGAAUAGGUGCCAUAUCAUUCAUGACACUUGGCACUUUGACCAUUGCAUUUCUAGUAAUAUAUCAGUCUCAAUGUAUUAAAACAAGUAAAUAUCUUUCUAUAUGGCUAUUAAUUCAUGCUAUAUUACAAAUUAUUCAGGCUAUUUGUAGAAUAUACUACAUAAAGGUUCUCGGUAAACAGCCAAUUGGACCAAAUACUAGAAUUACAUAUAUACUACAGUCUAUCAAGAAAUUAACUGACUCCGAAGCUUGGAAAAGAGGGAAAAUAUUAUCUGUUAUAUAUUAUAUUUGGUUUACAAUAGGGUUUUAUUGGAUAUUGAAUGUUUCUAACUCUCAAACGCAGGUAAAUGAAAUAUAUGAAAGUGACUCCUUGAUAAUAUCAUGGUUACAUCGUAGAACAUAUUCUUUAUUAUCCGAUAGUGUUCAGAGAAUAUUUGCAAAUUUAUCCUCAGUAGAUAUUAAAUCUACUAUCUGGCCAUUUUAUUUAUUAAUCAUGCUUUUUUGUACCUUAAGAAUUAUACUUUUACUAGCAACUUUUUACUUAACCUUCCCAUUAUCAACUUCACAUCUUGAAUAUCCAGGCAAUAAGACCAAAUCCUUUACUCUUGACAAGCUUAUGAUGCUUCCUGUAAAGACUUAUUCAGAGUGGAUAUAUGAGAAAGAGCAGGAAGAAAUUUUAAACAAAAAAACAAAUGAUCGAAAUAUACAGGACAGUUGUAUUAUUUGUUUAACUGACUUCAGUUGUUCAGAUUUAAUCCGAUGUUUGCCAUGUAACCAUUCCUUUCAUGAGUCAUGUAUAGAUGUUUGGCUUUUAAGAAGUGCUGUCUGUCCGCUAUGCCAACAGACUUUAGAAUAG